AUGCAUGUCGGUGCUCAUUGGUAUCGCGCGAUGGUUCGGGUAGCUGACUUCUUGAGGAUGAGUGGGCCACCAGAGCCACACAACGUCCUACAGGAGCAGGGUCUGCUGCACCAGUGGUACCCGGGCAUGUUCGUGAUCUUCGUUUCCCACCAGUGGCUCAGCUCUGGGCAUCCGGAUCCACAAGGGAAACAGGUGGAGGUUCUUCAAAAGGCCCUCCGGGGCAUCAUCGAUGGCUCCUUACAAGUUACCGAGGACAUUGUCUCACGCUCGGAUGACAAAUCCCUGUCUUCCGACACGCGCCGACACAUUGCGGAUGGAUUUCUGUUUUUCGAUUGGUUUUCGAUCCCACAGAUCACAGCUCGACAGAAUGGAGUGAACGAAGACACCACAAAAAGUGAUGCAGCAUUGGCGGUUCAAAGUAUUCCGGCCUAUGUGGAACUCUCGAACGUGUUUCUGGCAGUGGUGCCAGAGCUGGUACACGAAGAUUCGACCGAGCUCGUUAAUUACGCAACGUGGCUGUCGAGGGGGUGGUGUCGUGCCGAAUUAUGGUGCCGACUCUUGUCCAGCAAAGCUGACAACUCGGUGAUUGUGGUGUAUUCGGCCACGGAGUCUGAGUUCAUGUUCCCCCUGGAUUGGCAAAACAACAGCAUUGUGGAUGGCAGGUUUACCGUCGAGGCCGACCGGACCACCGUGGCCCGAUUGGGGGAAGUUGCGGUGGAGAGUCCUAGCUCUUCAGUCCUGAGGUGCAACUACCGCUUCUACGCGGCCCUUCGCCCCAAACUCCUGAAGCAAGAGCGGAAGCACCAGGAUGCUGACGGGUUUCUGAAAUACUUCCAGUUCAACAGCGUGCUCGAAGCCGCGCUGGAUGACAGCAGCAUGAACGCCGUGAUGUGCGCCGUACUGUCUGGCGACACCUUCAUGCUGAGGCUGCUAGUAGCCAACGGUGCCGACAUGAACACCAAGCUUCGUGGUCUAAGCAGUUUGGGCUACUACGAUUCGCAGACAGUCCUGAUGGCCGCCACGAAAUCGCGACAGGAACCCUCCGUUCUAGCAACGCUCAUCGAGCUUCGAGCUGAUGUCAAUGCUCGUUCCAGAACUGGUCUUUCUGCGCUGGCCAUGGCCCGAACUCCCGGGCAUGUGAAGGUGCUGUUGGAAAAUGGAGCAGAGGCACCUCCCAGAGUCUUGAGUGGAGUCGCGUCCUUUGCAUGCCCAGAGACGGUUAAGGUGCUACUCUCAUACAGAUGUGAACCGACCUUUGACCCGGAGUCUGGCUCCUCCGGUCCCCUUCAUGCAGUUGCCUUGCUAUCUCGAGGAAAUAUCAAAGCAAUUGAGACUGCAGAGCUGCUUCUGGCCCAUCGUGCCGAUGUGAAUGCAUGUGCUAGGCCGGUGAACGACCUGCUGUGGAUUUGUCGCCAAGCGCGCCUCCGAACGGCUUUUUAUGGCUUCGCCAAUUGUAACAUGACAACUCGGCUGUGGGCGUCCUUCGCUGGUAUCACGCCUUUAGGCUAUGCUGCCAUGGUCGGGCAUGAGCAGCUGACGAAGCUCUUCCUCAAGUAUGGUGCAGAGUCCUUCCCCAACGAGCGAGGGGACACACCUGAAGACCUGGCGCGGAACAACCACCACUACCACCUCAUCCCACUGUUGGCCACCUUUUCCACCUGA